AUGGAGCGGGCGGAUUAUUCAGCGUCACCUGGUCGGGAAAUAAAGGGAACUUCUUCUGUGGAAAGGGGUGGAAUCCAGGUGGUUCAAGGUACUGCAAUUCAUCCUACAUAUCGAGCAUUAUCGACUUACACUACCUCCUCUUACAGAGCGAUAUCAUACACCGCUACCUUCCUCCAACAAGGAAACGCCUACCUAAUAGUUUACGGCUGGACCACCAACCCACUAGUAGAAUACUACAUUGUCGAAUCGUAUGGAACUCACAAACCCUCCGAUAGCACCAAAGCAGUCAUGAAAGGCAACCUGACAUCCGACGGCGGGACAUGCGAAAUCAUGACGAAAAUGCGAGUUAACAAACCAUCGAUUCAGGGAACCGCUACGUUCCCGCAAUUCUGGUCGAUCAUAACGGAUAAACGGGUUGGAGGGACGGUGACGACGGGGAAUCACUUCGAGGCGUGGAGGAAAGCGGGGUUGAAGUUGGGAAGCCAUAAUUAUAUGGUUGUUGCUGUGGAGGGACAGGAUAGCAAUGGAACGGCUACUGUUACUGUUGGGGUUGCGCCUCCGACGUGA